AUCAGGUGAGCCCGGGCAGAGUGUCAGAUGCGGUAAUGGAGGCUUCAAAGACGAGCGCUGCGCAAACCCUGGAGAACAACCUGACCAACCUGGUGAAGAGGAACAGCGAGCUGGAGAACCAAAUGGCAAAGCUCAUCCAGAUCUGUCAACAGGUUGAGGUGAACACAGCCAUGCAUGAGGCCAAGCUGGUGGAGGAGUGUGAUGAGCUGGUGGAGAUCAUCCGCCAGAGGAAACAGGUCAUUGCCGUGAAGAUCAAAGAAUCCAAGGUGAUGAAACUGCGUAAAUUGGCCCAGCAGAUUGCAAACUGUCGCCAGUGUCUGGAGCGCUCCAGCGCCCUCAUCACACAAGCCGAACAGAGCCUGAAGGAAAACGACCAUGCCCGCUUCCUCCAGACCGCUCGCAAUGUAGCAGAAAGGGUUGCCAUGGCGACGGCCUCCUCCCAAGUACUCAUCCCUGACAUCAACCUGAACGAGGCGUUUGACAACUUUGCCCUGGACUUUUCCCGAGAGAAGAAGAUCCUGGAAGGACUGGAUUACCUAACUGCUCCCACCCCUCCAUCCAUCAGAGACGAGCUCUGCACCGCCUCUCACGACACCAUCACUGUUCACUGGACGUCCGAGGACGAGUUCAGCGUCACCUCCUACGAGCUGCAGUACACCAUUUACACCGGCCAGACAAAUUUCAUCAGUUUGUACAACUCUGCAGACAGCUGGAUGAUCGUACCUAACAUCAAGCAGAACCACUACACGGUGCACGGCCUGCAGAGUGGCACCCGUUACAUCUUCUUUGUCAAGGCUAUCAACCAGGCAGGAAGCCGCAACAGUGAGCCAGCCCGCCUGAAAACCAACAGUCAACCCUUCAAGUUGGACCCAAAGACUGCCCACAAGAAGCUGCGUCUGUCCAACGACUGUUUGACCAUGGAGAAGGACGAGAGCUCGCUGAAGAAGAGCCACACCCCGGAGCGCUUCAGCAGCACAGGCUCCUAUGGGGCAGCUGGUAAUGUCUUCAUUGACAGCGGGUGCCACUACUGGGAGGUGCUGCUUGGAGCGUCCACAUGGUAUGCCAUCGGCGUAGCUUACAAAUCAGCCCCGAAAAACGAGUGGAGCGGCAAGAACUCAUCCUCAUGGGUGUUCUCGCGCUGCAACAACAACUUUAUGGUGCGCCACGAUGGCAAGGAGAUGCUGGUGGAGGCAAGCCUGCAGCUGAGGCGGCUGGGUGUCCUGCUGGACUACGACAACAAUUCACUGUCCUUCCAUGAUGCCAUGAACUCCCAGCACAUUCACAGCUUUGAGGUCUCCUUCCUCCUGCCCGUUGUUCCCAGUUUCAUGAUCUGGAACAAGUCAGUCAUGAUUCUCUCAGGGCUACCCGUCCCCGACUUUGUCGAUGGUUUGGCCUCCGAUCUUCAAGAGCAGCAACAGCAGCAGAUGGGCCUGUGCCGACAAGAGUCACCAUACUUGACUGGGCUGAAGAGCUGCCACUGAGAAAAGCCCAUGAAUGGCCAGGGAGAGAGUCCACUCAGGCCUAGGGACAUUGACAGUGUUCUGCUGUAUCCUCUGCUUUAAGAGAGGACCAGUUACUUUCUUAUGAGUUUAGAAAGUGUUGGAGAUAUGCACACCAGUCUGGAAAAAUGUCAGUCCUGUUAGUUUGUGGCUAUCCAAAGCUUUGCAAAUCUAUCAGUGAAUAGGAACAAGGUCUCUUGACUACAAAUGUCAGUAGAACUACAAUUCACAAGAUGCCCUGGAAUAGGUGAGGGCAGGGAUGGACAUCUGGGUUUAUGACCAUUUAAGGUCUCCCUUUUUGAUCUAUCUUCCUCCCGAUGCGACCCUUAGGCAGAUGAUCAAGGAGGGACGGUUCACAUCAGCCAUUUAGAGUUUAAAGUUACAACAUGUGAAUAGUGAAAUAAUGUCUCCUAUGCAUUAAAUUACAAAAAAGGAAGCUCAACAAUGCAGAGGUAAAAAAAUGUGAUUGAGUGAUUCUUCCUCUGACUACAGAUAUUAAAUCUUUAUUCCAAAUGUAAAUUUUUGUUUCUUAAAGGUGGGGUAGGUAAUUUUGGAGAAACCAGCUCGAGUGCGCUAGAAUUAGAAAAUACACAGCC